CCGUAGUUCCACAGGAAGUAGCUGCUGAACCGAGGACUCACUGUGUCUUCAGAGUUUUGUGACCAUGUUACAGAUUUACAGUCUCAUUUAGCCAAAUACGUUGUUGAACGAACAAACUAAAGGAACAGAAGUUGCGAUAAAUCCGUGGGCGCACAAUGGCUGGCAGUCGGCUGGAGAAAUUCGGCACAGUUUUUACCCGGGUUCGAGAUCUGAUGCGGUCCGGGGUGCUCCAGCAGACAGAGAAGCCCGUUUGGUUUGACGUUUACGCCGCUUUCCCCCCCUUGAGAGAGCCGGUGUACGUGAGGCCGGUGAGGAUAGUGAGGAUGGACGCCAAGGACACGGUGCCAGAAAUCCUUUACAAGGAAGAUGAAAUACGAGCGAAAUUCUUUGAGCUGUAUGGAAGCGGACCGAAAGUGUUUGAUCUCACAAAUACCAAGUUUGUGUCGACAUGCCAGAGGUUUGUGGAUAAGUACAGUGCAUUGGAGAGCAAGGGGGAUGUGGCGCCAGAGCUUCUGAUGGAGGAAACGGGCAAGGCACUCUUCGCCGAGGGCGUCAUGCUCAGGAGGAAAGGUGGCCUUGCUGUGGAAGCAAAGACACACAGUUCUUUGUUUGGUAUGAAGCUGGCUGACAUGUUGGCCGAGCAGCAGGUAGACACAGCUAUUGAGACUUCUGCUUCAGAGGAACAUCAACAGACAGUUAACAAUGACAGGUCGACAGCCUCAUAAUUAACAAAAGACCAUUCUUCUCUUCAUGACAAACACAAAACAUCAUUAAAAUUUAUCAAAGAUACUGUGCUCACUGACAUUUAUUAUUUACAUAAAAGACUGAAGUCAAAAAUGGUAGUUAAAUUUGUGAAUGUUUGAAAAUGUUCUUUGUGUCAGAGGCACAUGUUGGAUUGUUAAAAAUUGUGCUAAUAAAAUAGUUUUUAAUA